AUUUAUUAUAUCCUAUAUAUAGCGCUAAUACAAAUACAAGCUGUAUUUUCGCUAUUAUAUAAAAUCAUUCAAUGGAAGCUAUAAACAAAAAGGUAUGUCUCUAUUGUCUGCUGGUGCAUAAUGCCCUUAACAACAAAUAUGUAGCGACCUAUGCCCUUUGCAGUGUUAAAAGUACAGCUUAAAAAGUUAGUUGAGCAAUAUGAUAAAACGGGCAAGGGAGUCAUAUUUACAAGAGAUUUAAUUACAUUAAUUGGUCGGUUCGAAGAAAGUAACGAUAUCCUCCUCUUGACAGACGAACAAAAGAAGGCUAUUUUGCCCUAUACUUCAAGCAAUCCCGAUUUAGAAAUGACACCAGAUGAUAUCUUGAAUCUACUCAAGAUUGUAUGUACUUGUCCUCAAGUAUCCAUCUCAGCACCGACUUCUUCAAGAAUGUUAUUGGAUAGUAGACCGAGACUAUCUCCUCCUUUAAGUUCAAAUAAAUCAAUGCCUUGGAAGAAAAGAAGAGCAUCGUUUGCAAAUAAUAAUCGUCUUGAACAUGAAGAACUCAGAAAGAGUCUGAUUCAAUUUAAACAUGACGAGGAAGAAGAAGAAGAAGAAGUGAACAACAACAAUAAUAGUACGACUAAUAACAACAGUAAUAAUAAUACCAAUGAGAUUAAUGCCAUACCAACCGACGAUGAGAGUGAUAGCCAACAUUCGACUCAAGACUUGGCAAGAUACUAUCAACGAUCACUUGCACUCACCAACCGACUAAGAUCUUCUGAAAAAAGUUUAGCUUCGAUGGCACGUGAUAAUGAAGACCGUAUCGUACAAUUACAAAACAGGGUAGAAGACAUGCACCAAGAAGUUGUCAAGCAAAGAAAAGAGAUUCAAGAAUACAAGGGAAAGGAACAAAAGAGUCUUGAACAAAUAAGUGCAGUAAGCUUUCUUAUGUAAAACUAGAUGAUAAACGAGGCCAUGUAACGACUUAAUAACUUUAUUAUUUAGCUCGAAUCCCACAUCUCUCAAAUACAGCGUUCUGAGACAGAUCAAAAGCAAGUGUACAUGUCUAUCAAGCUACUAUUUGAUGAAAAAUGCCG